GGUCACGUGGUGGCCGGCUCACCGGGCCCCAGUGUGCGGGCGAGCGAGCCACAGCCGAGUGCGCGCCAUGUCCCCGGGACAGCUGUCAGCCGUGUGAAGCAGGACCGCCACGCCGUCAUGAGGCUGCUGCCCAAGGAGGAAGACAGCGACGACUCGCUGUACGGCGCCGUGCCCUUGCCGCUCAUCCAGAGGGACCACGCGACCUCCACGCACGGGUCGGAGGGCGGCUCGCACAGCUGGGAGGGCACUCGCAACCAGCACCUCGCCGCCUUCCUGGCGGGGCUCGGCGCGCUGUGCGCAGGCGCCGUGCAGGGCUGGACCGCCCCGGCUCUGCCCUACCUGCUGCACGAGGCGGGGGCAGGCACCAACUACACCGCCGGUGCCCCGGCGCCCAUCAGCGCCGACCAGGCCUCGUGGGUGGGCGCCAUCGCCGCGCUGGGCGGGCUGGCGGGGGCUCUCCCAGCCGGACACCUGGCCGACACCUUGGGCCGCCGCGCCGUGCUGCUGCUGCUGUCGCUGCCCUUCGCGCUGGCCUGGCUGCUCGUCGUGGCCUUCCCCGUCACGGUGCCGGCGCUGUACGCGUCGCGCUUCGUCGCCGGCGUGGCCAUGGGCGCCGUCACGGUGGUCGUGCCCAUCUACAACGAGGAGAUCGCCGAGGACCGCCUGCGGGGCCCGCUGGGCAUCUACCUGGACCUCAUGGUCACCGUCGGCAUCCUCUGGUCGUACGCCGUGGGCGCGGCGGUGCCCUACGUGUGGCUGGCGGCGCUGUGCGGCCUUCUGCCCCUGCUGUUCGCGGCGGCCUUCUGGCGCGCUCCGGAGUCCCCAGUGUUCCUGGCGUCGCGCGACCGCUGGGACGAGGCGGAGAAGGCCCUGCGCUGGCUGCGCGGCUCACGCAGCCUCGACGACCAGGCGGUCAAGGGCGAGCUGGUGCGCCUGCACCUGUCCGUGGCGGGCGUUCGCCGCCACCUGGGGCUGUCCCGGCUCUCCGCGCUGCGCGACACCGCGCGCAGCUUCUACCUGGGCUCGCCCGCCGGCAAGGCCGCCUUCGUCGUCACCGGCCUCAUGGUCGUGCAGCAGCUCACCUUCAUCAACGCCUUCCUCUUCUACACGGAGGACAUCUUCCGCGGCAUCGCCGGCGCGUCCGUGUCUCCGCUGACCAGCACGGUCGUGGUGGGAGUGGUCCAGUGCCUGGCCACCGCGGCGUCGUUCCUGCUGGUGCAGGUGUGCGGGCGUCGGCCGCUGCUGCUCGCCUCGGCGCUCGUCAUCGCGCUCAGCGUCGGGACGCUCGCCGUCGACCUGGCGGCGGCCGGGGAAGGCGCCGGUCCCGCCGGCUGGCUGCCGCUCGCCUGUCUCUGCGUCUGCAUGGUCGCCUACUCGCUGGGGCUCGGGCCCUUGCCCUGGCUCAUGAUGGCCGAGCUGGCGCCCGUCGAGCACAAGGGCCUCAUCAGCUCGCUCGCCGUGUUCGUCAACUGGGUGCUCGUGUUCGCCGUGACGUUCGCCUUCAACGGCCUGGUGGCGCUGCUCGGCGCCGCGGCGACAUACGGCGGGAUCUGCGCCGCCUGCCUGAUGGGCACGCUCUUCGUGUACCUGGUGGUGCCGGAGACCCGCGGCAAGUCCCGGGAGGAGAUACAGGACGGGCUGAGGUUCCGGCCCCUGGUGCUGGCGUGUCGGUCCUAGCGGCCUGCUGCCCUACUGAGGGAACUAUACCCCCCUGUACCCAGCUCCGACGAUCUCCCACGGGCCUCCAUCAACAGGGUUUUCCCCCUUACAAGACAUUACCGUGCAACACAAUGGCCAGCACCCUGACUCGGUGUUACGGUUCGCCGACGGAACAGUCUUCGUUAAACUGGAGACGACAGAGUCCAUUGCAAAGGGUCCUCUGAUUGAACAGCUGCACGCCAGUGCUAAAAGUUUUUAAUGUUAAGAGGCCACUCCAGUGUUUCAGGGGCACUACGCAACCCGCGUUAACCUCAUAAGAUUCAAUGCUAUUUUCAU